AUGCGGUCACUGGAUCAACAUCGGGAAAAUUCAUCGCAGCACAACCGCGAGAGAUUCCAGAAGUUUUUCAAAUCGUCCGAUGCCAAAAAGAAGCAUAUCAAGACCUUCCCGCGACAUGGCCUAUGUGAGCGCGAUUUUGAGACUAGGAAGGCUUCACAGCUGCACCACAAAAGAUCUUAUCCAAUUCCGACAAAACAUGAUGGAAUCUUCGCGACGAAGAGCGUCCCUGUAGGCGAUGUUGCGUAUGUGGGUAUUCCGCCGAUAGCUGUGAAGCCAGUGUUUGUUUUGGCGUGUCGCCUUCGCUCAAGCCUACCAAAAGCGUAG